GAACCCGGCCCAAAUGUUAACUGAAUGAACAUUACCGGUUUUUUUUUCUCCGUUGCUUCAAUACCGCCGAAUAAACAGCCUCACUUGCACGCUCUCUUCAUUGCAAGCAAUUCACCCAUCAACGAACGCAGGUUUUCAAUUUCACGGAGGGUUUUUCUUUUGCAGGAUAAUUGAAGAUGCAGUUAACUCUUGAAUUCGGUGGAGGGCUGGAACUUCUUUGUGACUCGGUGAAAGUUCACAGUGUUGAUGUUGACCUACCAGCUGAAGAAAAGAAGUUAACCAUGAAGCACUUGCUUGCGUGGGUUCGUAACAAUUUAAUCAAGGAGAGGCCUGAAAUGUUCAUGAAGGGAGACACUGUACGACCCGGGGUUCUUGUUCUUGUGAAUGAUUGUGACUGGGAAUUGAGUGGUCAGCUUGAUACGACAUUGGAAAAUAAGGAUGUUGUCGUUUUCAUCUCUACUUUGCAUGGGGGAUAGUCGCUAUGUUUGCGUUUCGGCUACUUGAUACAAUGUUGGAAAUUAAGAUCAAUUUCGUUUUGUAAUCUAUGGGGGAUGGUUGCUUGCUACUCUCCCAUUAGCUUAUUUUGUGAUGAACGAAAGCGGGUUAUACUUUAUUCAUCUAUGCAGUAAUCUAGCUACAGCCUGCAAGACAAAGUUACGAACUCAGUAUUUUAUUGAUGCAAAUUAGAUGGUGUGGGUACAAUUACAUAUAUAUAUAAUAAUACACAUAUAUGCAUAUAGAUGCAAUCUGAAAAGAA